GCGCCGCGCCGCCAGGGGCCGUACAAAUGGGACAGUGUUCUCCCGCCGCGGGCACACGCCCCCUUUGUAAAUGAACGUGUUGGGAGGUGUGAUGUCAUAGCUUGUACAAGGAGGGAAGAGGAGAGAAAAGCCCCGGAGCAUCAGGACACCGCACGACUGCAGCAGAAACUACGGCCCCGCUAUGCCUCUGCACAGUGAACUUGGGAUCUUUGCAGUGACCGUCCUGUUUGCUGGUUUUUCCUCGGCUUCUGCAGCAGACCUUUCUGGAAGAGCUCUGAUCUUCCCCUAUGAAACAGACUACAGCUACGUCACCCUGACUCCUCUGAAGCCACUUGAGCUGAAGGCCUUCACACUCUGCAUGCAACUAGCCACCGAGCUGGAGGGCGAGCGAGAGGUCAUCCUUUUCGCCUACCGCACAGCUGACUUUGAUGAGCUCAAUCUGUGGCGUGAGAAAGACGGCCGUCUUUCUUUCUACCUGAGUGGUGGAGGGGCUUUAUUCCACCUGCCUCCACUGAGCACCUUUAAGACCAACCUCUGCCUCACCUGGGACUCAGCCACGGGUCUCUCUGCAUUCUGGAUGGAUGGUAGGAGGAGUGUUCGCCAGGUCUACAAGGCUGGGCACACGGUCCGUUCCGAGGGCACUGUGAUUCUGGGUCAGGACCCAGACCGGUACCUGGGGGACUAUGAUGCUGCACAGAGUUUUGUGGGUGAAAUUUCAAAUGUUAACAUGUGGGACUACGUCCUCUCCGACAAAGAUAUUCAGGCAUUGCACUAUGGUCACUCAGUCCCAAAAGGCAACAUAUUUGAUUGGAGUGCUAUUGAAUAUAAAAUUAACGGGAAUGUUUUGAUUGCACAAGAUAAUUGAAAGGCUUCAAGGAAUACUACUUGCAAAGUUUUGUGAAUUUCCUUCACCAGGAAUGGGAUUGUUUUAAUAACCAAAUAAUAUCCCAUUUUCCCCAGUAUUAUUUGUUAAUUUAACUGAUGCUACUCUCCAAAGUGACUUGUAUAUGCAUUACUUAAAAAAAAUUACCCUAAUUGUCCAGCAGGGUGAAUUUUGCUUAAUCAGUUCAGGGCAGGUACUUUGCUCAAGGUUACUAGUGCAUGAGCAGGGAUUUAACGCAGGUCCUUCAACGGCAACAGCUCUAACCACUACAGCACCUGCUGCACCACCUUUUAAUUGCUUUUAAUGGAAAAAAAAACUAUGUAAUUACUGUUCAGAUGUUAAGUUCUUUUAUUACAGUGUACUCUUACCCUGUAAAACCUUAUCCUGACUGAAGGUGGAGCAGUGGAUGAGAACAGGGUGCAGAAAAUGAACAUAACUGUGAUUGAAAACAAGCUCAUUUCAAAUAUUGCAUUACAAGGAACGAUUUAAUGAGCACUGUUUGGGUUUAAAAUACUGGAGUUCACCUUGCUAUAUGAGCUCCACAUUUGCCUGAGCAGUUAUACAGAAAUAGUCUGAUACAGUGGACUGAAAUAAAUGAGAUAUUAGUCAAGGCUCAGCAGUGAAAUGUGGCCACUGUGCUGUUCCCUUUUGGACCACAGGGUGGCAGUAAACACCCAACACAGCGCCCACUGCAAGGCAGUAAAUAUGCCAUGUUUUUUAAUUAGGCAAUAUUCUUGUAAAUCAUUACCUUAAAUUUUUUUCAAUGAUGGUUGUGUUAAAUGUUUAAAAUAACUCAUUAAAAUCUGAUGAC